UAAUUUAAACAGUGAUUGUAACUUCCUUAUGUUUGUGCUAUGAUUAUGAUAUGUAAACUACGUCACCGUCUGUUAGAAGAGCAGAGAGAGAGUAUUUGAGAAAAUUUUCCGAAAAUACCACGGCUAUGAUUGAGUCGUGUUGAGGUGUGUCGCCCUACUCUCGCGCAUCUUUGGGGCCGUGCGCAACGUUCUCGCCGGAUAGACUAGGAGCCCCCUGCCUCUCGCCGAGUCACUCGAUUCCAACUGGUUGUAGUGGUGAGAUAACAGAGUGAGGAGGUCCGCAUAUUUCCACGACGCCAACCGCGACCCUAAUUUAACGAACAGGUACGAACGAACAUAACCUCAAUCUCGCGCCGCCCGCCAUAUUUGGACAGGUGCCAACUUCGAAUCGGUAACCAGCACCACCCUUCUAUAUUUAGCGCGUGUUUUGUGUUACGCCAUUGGCGCACAGCCAACUGAGACGAGCCACGCCAAAUAUGGACGUUUUUGCAUUUUCGCGAUUUUUCAAAGUGAAACGCAAGUGAUUGGUGAACAUCUGCAAUUGGAUACGAUACAGAGAAAUGGAGAAUGGGAUUUUGUGAACGAUUAUAUUCGGAAGGAGCUACACGUGCAAAUCGACCAAAUAGAUCAUAAAAAUGCCUUUCAAGCCAGCAGAUAACCCAAAAUGCCCGAAAUGCGGCAAAUCCGUAUACGCCGCAGAAGAACGUGUGGCCGGUGGAUACAAAUUCCACAAAUCGUGCUUCAAAUGCGGAAUGUGCGGUAAGAUGUUGGACUCUACCAACGUGACCGAGCACGAAGCUGAACUGUUCUGUAAGAACUGCCACGCGCGCAAGUACGGCCCUAAAGGGUACGGUUUUGGCGGUGGUGCCGGCUGCUUGAGCAUGGACACCGGAGCUCACCUUCAAGGGGACGAUAUAGUCGUGAAUAGGGCUCCUUUGCUGGCGAAAGCCAUCGCUAAGGCACCCGAUGGGCAGGGAUGCCCCCGAUGCGGCGGAUACGUUUAUGCUGCUGAACAGAUGCUUGCACGUGGAAGAGCCUUCCACAAAACCUGCUUCAAAUGUGGUGAAUGUAACAAGGGAUUGGACUCAGUCAAUGUCACCGAGGGACCAGACAGAGACAUCUACUGUAAAGUGUGUUAUGGCAAGAAGUUUGGCCCUAAAGGAUACGGAUACGGUCAGGGUGGUGGCACUCUCCAAAGCGACUGCUUCGCUGUCAGCGAUCAAGCUCCUAAGACCACCGUCGCUGAUACGGCGUCGAUCAAGGCGAAACCUGGCCAAGGAUGUCCCCGGUGCGGCGGAGUGGUGUUCGCUGCGGAGGAAGUGUUGGCGAAGGGCCGCCAGUGGCACAGGAAGUGCUUCAAGUGCCGCGAUUGCACGAAAACAUUGGACAGCAUCAACGCUUGCGACGGCCCGGACGGAGACGUCUAUUGCAAGACGUGCUACGGCAAGAAAUGGGGACCGCACGGUUACGGAUUCGCGUGCGGAUCGGGAUUCUUGCAGACCGAUGGACUCACGGAAGACGAAAUAUCUCAGAGUCGUCCGUUCUACAAUCCUGAUACGACAUCGAUCAAGGCCCCUCCAGGCCAAGGAUGCCCCAGGUGCGGAGGAAUGGUUUUCGCUGCUGAACAACAGCUAGCCAAGGGCACGAUGUGGCACAAGAAGUGUUUCAACUGCGCCGAAUGUCAUCGUCCAUUGGACAGCGUUCUCGCUUGCGAUGGACCCGAUCGCGAAAUCCACUGCCGCGCUUGCUACGGCAAACUGUUCGGCCCUAAGGGGUUCGGCUUCGGGCACAGGCCCACGCUCGUGUGCGCAGAUGGAACGGCCCCGGCGGUGCACGACCCCAGACCCAACAGCGGACCCAAGGCCGCACCCGGACAAGGAUGCAAGAGAUGCGGAUAUGCCGUGUACGCGGCGGAACAAAUGAUCAGCAAAAAUGGCCAAUGGCACAAGAGAUGCUUCAGUUGUCACGAUUGUAACCGCAGCUUGGAUUCUACCACCCUUAACGAUGGACCCGACGGAGAGAUCUACUGCAGAGGUUGCUACGGUAGGAAUUUCGGUCCGAAGGGCGUCGGUUUCGGAAUGGGUGCCGGAACUUUAACCAUGGCCUAACCUCCUUCUCCAUCACCAAAAAUACCUAAUGCUUCUGUCAACAUACCGAAGACAAGUCCAUAGUAUGACGCUAUGGGAGGGGCAUCCAACAUCCGUGCCAAAACGCAGCAGAAGAAGAUUAUACCGAACAUGGAGAAGAAUAAAAUAACUAUGCAGAAAUCUUAUAGUUUGGGCUGUGCAUCAAAAACUUGUAACAUUCCGAAAGAUAGGAUUUCUGAAUGAUUCAGAUAUUGUAACACGUCCACAAAGUAUACAAAGCUUAUACAAUCACAUAAUACGCAAGAGUUUAAACAAACGCUUUGCGGCGCAUAUUUUUCAGAAUUUUUGUACUGUUUUUUGAAUGAAGGCAAAAUAAUUACACACCGCAUCAACUUGACUACGGUUGGAAGUGGUGAACUUUCUAUGCGGGGAACCAGUACAUAGAAGGCUCAUCGAAAUUCUUUUUUAUAAUAAAAAUAAAAACAAAAAAUGCAAAAAACGGAAUCACUCCUCUAAAUCACUACAACCACCGACAAAAAAACAUAUUCGAACAAAAUCGAAAUACUUCCGGAUGUAGUCAUUUUGGAACAGGAAGAAAUUGAAAGGCUUCCUCGAACGAUCACACGAUUUUUUACGUUCCUAUUCUACAAUGGCCAACUCUGAUUGGUCUAUCGAUAUAUUAAAUAUAUAGCUUCGCGCUUCGCCAUAUAUUGAUAUUGUUUUGUUUUACGCUAUUUACAAUAUAAGGUAUUUUUUGUUUAGUUGUGUACAAACAAAUAUUCAAUGAUGUUAUAAUAAAAUUUUUAAAAAUAA